ACGUCAGGAGUACGACAUGCCUUGAACUUGAACUUGAAGGCUGGAGAAGUUGAGUUGUGGAUUCCGAGGUAGCAUACCAGCUCCAUCUUGGUAUGUACUCUGCGUAUACUCUGCGUGUACUCUGCGUGUACUCUGCGUGCGAAUUGAGUUUGCCUGCCUGCGUGCGUGCGUGCACUGUGCACUGUCAACCGUUUUACAUACACGCCCAAGGAAUCGUUCGAAGUGGGGAAACGCAGGCGGGGGCGGGGAGAAGCGGAGAGGAGAAGCAGGAGGAGGAGGAGGGGAAGCUGCCCCUCCUCCGUCUGUAUGUAGAUGGUUGCCGCUGGCUGCCGCUGGCUAUUAGUUGGAAUGUUGAUGUUGAUGUGCAAGUAGGAUUGGCUGGCCACAGAAAGACACACAGCCAGCCAGCAGAAUCAGAUCAGUUGCAGACUGUUGCAGUUGCAGCCCGAGGAUCUACCUCCCUUACUCUCUUACUUCCUUCUCCCUCUCUCUACCCCGCCGGUUUUUUUUCUUUCUCAAAGACGAGGCCUGUGCUUUUUUUUCUUCCAACUCUCCCCUUCUCUUUUCAUGCAAUCCUGACCCCUCAGUGUGCGCUCCUGCCCGCUCUCCUCCAGCCUCCUGCAAAGAAAAGCACUUCUUCACGUAACCUCCCGUCAUCAUUUGCUCUCUGCUAUACUACCCCCUUACGAACUCUUAACUUCGCUUGCCUUGCUUGCUUGGAAACAAGACUCCUUUUUCAAACGAUUUCACUGCUUAGUUAGGUUCCCAGGGAACCCGUCGUGGAAAAAAAGUGCCCCACUUGCCGCCUUGUCGGAGCUACCUGGAUCUAGCUACACCAAGUGCCGUAGAACAGGACAGGGACUGAAGGAAAGCCCCCAGGUGAAAUCCCGGCCGGGCCACACAUACAACUCCAAGGAAGACAGACGCGCAA